AUCAUGGCUGAUGAGAGUGGAAAGAACAAGGGGUUCGGAUUCGUCAGUUUUGAAGACUCCGAGGCAGCAGAAAAAGCUGUGGAUGAACUUAACGGUCUGGAAUUCGGUGGAAAGACUCUGUACGUUGGCCGAGCACAGAAAAAGGCUGAGAGACAGCAGGAGCUGAAGAAGAAGUUUGAACUUCUCAAGUUGGAGAGAUUAAACAGAUAUCAGGGUGUCAACCUCUACGUUAAGAACCUUGACGAUACCAUUGAUGACGAGAUUCUCCGUAAAGAGUUCAGUCCCUACGGAACCAUCACCAGCGCCAAGGUUAUGAGCUGCGAGGAAGGUAGAAGUAAAGGAUUUGGUUUUGUUUGCUUCAGCUCCCCGGAGGAAGCUACCAAAGCCGUUACUGAGAUGAACGGUCGAAUUAUUGUUGCCAAGCCACUGUAUGUCGCCCUAGCACAGAGAAAGGAGGACCGUAAAGCUCACCUGGCCAGUCAGUAUAUCCAGAGGAUGGCUGGUAUGAGGAUGCAGCAGAUGGGAGGUAUGGCAGGGUUCGCUCAGCAGGGUGGAUACUUCAUGCCUACUAUGCCUCAACCUCAGAGAUUUUUUACCCCAGCGCAGAUGCGCGCUCAGCCUAGAUGGACUGCUCAGCAGACUAUGCCCCGUCCUGGACAGCCAAUGGCGAUGCAAGCAGCCGCCAUGCCUCGUGGACCUCGCCCAGGUGGGCCUCGUCCCAUGACCGGUCAACCUAGACCCUCUCAGCCAAUGGGUCAACCUAUGAUGAUGGCCCGCCCAGGACCAGGAAUGCCCGCAGGCGUCCCUGGCAUGGCAGGACCCCGACCAGGCCAGACCUUCAAGUACACUCCUACUGCCCGUAACCCACCUGCACCAGUGGUCGGACAGAUGAUGCCUUCUGGCGUUGCUCCUCCUCCACAGCAGGCGGUAAUGAUCCAGGGUCAGGAACCACUGACCGCUAGUAUGCUUGCUGCUGCCCCACCACAGGAACAGAAGCAAAUGUUGGGAGAAAGACUUUUCCCUCUUAUCCAGAGGAUGUAUCCAGAUCUUGCCGGUAAAAUCACCGGUAUGUUGCUUGAGAUCGACAAUUCAGAUCUGGUUCACAUGUUGGAGGAUCAGAACUCCCUUAAGGGAAAGGUAAGCUUUCAAAGUUAAUAGAUUUUCUCCGUU